AUGAAUGCGAUUGUGAUUGUUUUGUUUUGGGGUCUUGUUUCAUCAACUUGCCAUGGUUCUAAUCUGCAAGAAUUCUGCUUAGCAGACCUCAAGGGUCCAGAUAGCCCUUCUGGCUAUCACUGCAUGCCGCCGGAAACAGUGACAGCAAAAGAAUUCAAGUACAAUUUUCAAUUAAGCAUCCCAGUCCCAUUGAAAUCUACACUGUACCCUGGAAGAGUGACGGAGGUUCCUAUUGUCAAUGGUCUUGGCAUCUCUACAGGUUUUAUAGUGAUCGAGAACGGUGGACUUCUUCCAAUGAACACACAUUGUGAAGAGGAAUUUUUUAAAAGAGAUGUAAGUAACAUGUUGAUAAUGUAG